UUGACGUUCCUCCAUCGAUUAUUUUCGGCGGCUUCCUUUCAAAUGUUUGCGGAACACUCCUUGGCCAAGAGACCAUAAUCGGGUGGAUUCUUUGCUAACUAACUGAAUAUCUUCUUCCUCAGCACGGCUGUCUGUCACCGAAUAUCAACUAGACGGCAUCCUUACCAAGUUCUGGGAGGUGGAGGAUGUUCCAAUGAAGUCGGGUAAGGAAUCCAGCUCGGUGUGUGAAGAUAACUUCCAGGCUAAAGAAGGGAGACUGUUGACGAUAGCGCCAACCACAACCCAGCACGCUCAGCUACGCAUUACCAACGGGUACAGGUGUCGCGUUUGCCGAGGGGUGCACGCUCUAAGGAAAUACCAACGGUUACUCCGGCUCCCGGCUCUGAAGCAGCUCCGCGCUGUCCUAAUAAAUCAAUAUUGUGCGAACUCCCUUGCUCACGAGCAUUCAGGCCAAUCCUGCCGCAGUAAUGCCAAGCGACACGUCUAUAGCGGAAAUCACCACACUUUCUUGCACUUCCAAGAGCCCACAUCGUCUCGAGCGUUGUCGCCGACGUCACUUCGCUCAUCAUCACCGAAGGAGAUAUCCCCGACCCCAAGCCCUGCUGCGGGCCCAUUGUGCGCCGCUAUCCUGCAGCGCACGAGUGCGAGCAUCUGGCCAACUGCGUCCAUUUUGGUGGGGUCUGCUAAGAAGCGGUUUGACCUCCGAGCUUUGGUGAGUCCUUGCUGCCCCGUGAGUCGCAUUUACGCAUCCUUGGCAAAGGCCCUCAACCUUUACGUCACCCGCGUGGGCGAGGAGGACAUCUGCUCAAAGUCGUCGAAUAUGACCCGGCAACUGCUAAUUCUGGUUGAUGACCAGAUCCAGACCCGACUGCUUUUUCGACAUCACUUUGGCUGAUGAUAGGUGGUUUCACCCUUCCUUAGUGUUGGCUGUUUUGGAAGCUGACAUAUACGCGGAAUUAAUUCUGCCGGGUAUCCGCCCGAGUCAAAACGGAUUGCCCAUGCAAAGCUCAGCUCCUUUUGGGCACUUGCUCCCUCUCCUGAUACGCCAUUCUCCCUAUUGCGAGUGGGGGAGAAUGUUCAUGUCAAACAAGGCAGAGUGCAACAUCGCUGUGUUGGAAUCAUGUCUUUUGCCAUCUGGCAUCGCUGAAAACUCCUCAGAAUAAAUUUGCAUGUGUAAGCCUUCCCUGGUCACACUCCCUUAGGAACCACGCUAAAAGCGCACCAAGAAAAGAGAUCUCAAUUUCAACAACCACUCAGUUUUAACAAAGUACAAAAUAUACAUUAUAACUUAUGCAUCCCAGUUCUGUGUUUCACUUAAGUGCUGGACUUACCUUGGUUUGAAGACAAGCCAUUAUUGGUGAUCCCGACGAUUCGAACAUCUACAAUUAAAGCGAACGCACCUCGACUUACUCAAAACCUCAACAUAACCGCAAACAAUGCCGGAUAACGAAGACUUCGUCGGCGCGCAGGAACCACUGCAAAUUCCUGAGGCUAGUGCUGUUAACUCGGUAUUUGCCAAGAUGCCCUUCCCUCAAAUACAUUCCAUCACCAACAUUGAAAUGUUUUUCACCAAACUGGAAAGCUGGUUUUUGCUGCAAUGUCUCGGUGCACGAAAAGAACAGGAGAAAUACGCAACAGUAAUAGCGAUUGCUGAUCCCAAAUACCUGGAUCAAGAGCACGACCUUGUCAAUAACCCACCACUAACAAACAAGCAAGCAACUUUGUCUAAAUUUGCCGAAUCAUAGAUGGUGCGCUUCGACACACUUGCGACAGGAAUUCAACUAGGCGACGGUCGUCCAAGUCAUCUACUCAGCCAACUACAGCAAACAAACGCCACCAAUGACGAAUCGGUUGAACGUCGCUACUGGAUCAAGCGCUUACCAACUCCCGCGCGUGCUGUAAUCGUAGGUCUGCUAGAAAGCUCUCCCAACACCACCCUCGCCCAGCUUGCAACUUCUGCUUAUGCUGUAAUUGAUUCCCUUAACUACGAAACUUCGGAUUACAUGUGUGCAGUAUCACAGCAAAGCACCCACCAGGCUUCACAGAAGGAUCCCAUCACACAGCUGGGUAAACGCCUGGAUGACAAUGACAAGAUCCUACAGCAGAUCAACAACAAGCUAAGUCACCUCCUUGGCACCACCAAUCAUCAACGUGGUCGGAGCUACAAUCGAUCGCCCAGCAAUAAUAGCCUACGGAGCAACACACCAUCCAGGGACAAUUCUAACCCUCAAUUUUGCUGGUACCACAACAAGUAUGCGGACAGUGCCCAACGUUGCAUCCAACCGUGGUCUUUCCAACAACAGUUCAAAAAGCUAACUGUUAAGUGUUAAAAAUCAACAGGGCAGAUCCGACGGCCGUAACGCAAAUGUCUCACAACGCUAUCUAUCGCUCAAAGUAAACGAAUGCAAAUUGUCAUCCUCCAACCGUCUCUUCGUUCCGGACUCCAAAUCGGGUUAAAGUUUUUCAUCGACAUUGGAGCUAACGCAUCUGUUAUACCUCCAAAAACAAUCAAUCGACAUAUCAAAGCUUUAAGUAACCGUACACUAUUCGCAGACAAUGGAACAGGAAUCAUAUGGUACAGCCCGCCUUACGCUGGAUCUCGGUUUGCGCAGGCCUUUCACAUGGAUUUUACCACAGUUGUAAGGAACCGCAGGGCUCCUCACAAAUAGAAGUAUUAGUAGAUAAGUUUAGUAUUAAUCGUAUUAGUAGAUAGGCUUAGUACUAAUCGUAGGUUAUGAUUAGACACGAACACCCACACACGACAGUCAAGCGGAACACCCACCGCUAGCGAGCCAAAGCUCACCUCACACACACACACAAAGCGCGAUAACUCACCACCAAAAACUGGCACGCGCCAACUCCAGCCAUAGGAGUGAGGGAGAGGACAACAGGAUCGUGACGUACACGGGAAUUCGCACGCCAGCGAAAUCAACCCCCGAAAACUGGCACUCGCCAGGGGCCCGCUCAAGUGCGAGCGAGAGGAAGAUAAGAUCAUGGAAGUUUCGAGAAAACCGGCGCCAAGACAAGAAGCUGGACACAAGCUGGGAGUCAGUGAUUUGCGAGUGGGCGAUUGAUACGGACAAACAAAAGUGAACAGAGACAGCAGUCGUUUUGACGCUGGCCCUGGCGAGUGGCGAAAAAUUACCUAUCGAGGAGCAACGAGGAGUACAGCAACAACAAGAACAGGACAAACAAGCGGUCUUUUGACGCUGGCCCGGCAGGAGCAGCAGCAGCAGGACGAGGACAAGGACGGUGUUGAUCUCCCGGCCCAGGACCAGCGGCGAGGAGAUCUGCGCCGCAAGACAAGGAAACACACUCACCCGACGCCAAGUGUGUGUGCAGGAACGAGAUGGGUGAGUGAGAUGCAAGACCCGCACCGAGUGGCCACGAAAACUUCCAAGCCGGCCAUCAACCACGUGUUUUGAAGGUUUUCCGAUGUCGAUGCGGUGUUACAAGGUUAGGGUAGGUUACAGACGCCCCUAGAAUUAUGUGUUCAAGUGCUAGAUCUAGAAAUUAAGCUACGAGAAAAUAUGUAAGAAACUUGCAAAAGGCAAUAUUACAGCAGAGAUACUAAA